AUGGCUUUGAAGGAGAGCCAGGCGGCGCCGGGCAGCGGGGCCAGAGCAAGCGCCGCUGCAAGGGCCCAGUGUGGCCAGCUGGGCCGGGGGGGCCGGCCGUGCUUGGCGAGGCGCGGGAUCUCAUUGGGGUUUGUUUCUGCGCUUUCACAGAGCCUGGAUGGGGACCAAGCCAUACUCCAGAGGAUAAGGAAAUAUGUGAAAGCCAUUCAUGUCUCCGGGCUCACGCACGCGGAGAACGAGGAGCAGUACAGCGAGGCCCUGGAGACCUUCGGCAACAACCACCUCUCGCAGAACAACCACGAGCUUUCCACCGGCUUCCUCAACCUGGCCGUCUUCACCCGCGAGGUCACCGCGCUCUUCAAGAACCUGGUGCAGAACCUCAACAACAUCGUGUCCUUCCCUCUGGACAGCCUGCUGAAGGGGCAGCUCAAGGACGGGCGCCUGGACUCCAAGAAGCAGAUCGAGAAGGCCUGGAAGGAUUAUGAGACCAAAGUAGGGAAGAUGGAGAAGGAGAAGGAGCGAGCGCGCCUGGCCGGGCUCCCCCAGCCCCAGCCCGCGGUGCCGGAGGCGGCCGAGGACGCGCAGAGGGAGCGGCGGCUCUUCCAGCUCCACAUGUGCGAGUACCUGCUGAAAGCCAGCGAGAGCCAGAUGAAGCAAGGGCCAGAUUUCCUGCAGAGCCUCAUCAAGUUCUUCCACGCUCAGCACAAUUUCUUCCAAGAUGGCUGGAAGGCUGCCCAGAACCUCUACCCCUUCAUUGAGAAGCUCGCUGUGUCCCUCCACGCACUCCACCAAGCCCAGGAGGAGGAGGUGAAACAGCUCACGCAGACGCGCGAUUCCCUCCGGAGCAUCCUGCAGCUGGAGAGCAAAGAGGAAAACCUGAGCAGGAAGAAUUCUGGCAAUGGCUACAGCAUCCACCAGCACCAAGGGAACAAGCAGUACGGGACGGAGAAGUCGGGGUUUCUGUACAAGAAGAGCGAUGGGAUUCGGAAAGUGUGGCAGAAGAGGAAGUGCGGCGUGAAGUACGGCUGUCUCACCAUCUCCCACAGCACGAUAAACCGGCCCCCGGUCAAACUGAACCUCCUGACCUGCCAAGUGCGGCCUCACGCCGAGGAGAAGAAGUGCUUUGACCUGGUGACCCACAACAGGACAUAUCACUUCCAAGCGGAGGAUGAGCAGGAGUGCGUUGUCUGGGUGUCGGUGCUGCAGAACAGCAAGGACGAGGCGCUGAGCAACGCCUUCAAGGGCGAGCCCAACGGCAGCGCGGCGGCGGCGGGCGCCGCGGCGGGCAGUGGGUCGGGGCUCGAGGGCCCCCGGCGGCGGCUCUGGGGAUGGGAACAGGGCUUGAGGUUCUGCAGAUGCUGCUCCGGGGUGAUGUGCACUGAGAGCAUCCCACCUGCAGACCCCACGUGGCUCUCCACCAACCUGGGCAUCCUGACGUGCAUCGAGUGCUCUGGCAUCCACCGCGAGCUCGGCGUGCACUACUCCCGCAUCCAGUCCCUCACCCUGGACGUCCUCAGCACCUCCGAGCUGCUGCUGGCCAUCAGCAUCGGGAACAGCCGCUUCAAUGAGAUCAUGGAGGCCGCGCUGCCCGCGCAGGACAGUCCCAAGCCCACGGCUGGCAGCGACAUGUGAGUCGGAAGGCCCAGAGGUGGGACAAGGAUGCAGCGUUUUGCCCUGGAGGGCUCCCCGGACCCCCGGCGCGUCUGCGAAUGCAUUCCCACCCGGGACCUGCUGGCCCUGCUCCAAGCCUUCGCCGAAGGGCACGACUUGACCAAGCCCCUGGCUAGCCCCGAAGGCCAGGAGCAGGGCGAGCUGGCGCUGCACAUGGCCGUGCGCUGCGCGGACCGGGCCUCCCUCCCACUCGUGGACUUCAUCAUCCAGAACGGGUACGUGGGGCUGGGGACCCUGGACAGGGUGACGCAGGAGGGGAACACAGCUCUGCACUACGGCGCGCUCUACAACCAACCCAACUGCCUCAAGCUGUUGCUCAAAGGCAAAGCCUCCUUUGCCAUGGUGAACGCGGCGGGUGAGACAGCCCUGGAUGUGGCCAGGCGGCUCAAGCACGCCGAGUGCGAGGAGCUGCUGGAGCAGGCGCAGGCGGGGAAGCUCUCGCUGCAGGUGCACGUGGACUACGACUGGGAGCCCCCCGCCGAGUACCCCUAUGACAGCGAGGACGAGCUCGAGGAGAAGGUGAGCCCCUUGCAGCGCUCCUUCAAAGGCCCGUCACCCCCGGGCGCCAGCCCUCCCGCCGCCUGUCCCCAGAGCGCCCCAAGCUGUCCCCAGAGCCGCUGGAGCUGCGCGGGCAUGGACAUCACCAACAGGACCUACGAGAGCAUCCUGGUGGCCGCGCGGCCCGCGCCCCGCCGCGCGCACAGCGACGAGAUGCCCCCGCCGCUGCCCCUCAAAAACCCCACGCGCGCCGGCCCCCGUGCCAAAGCACCCCCCGGUGAGUUGGGGAUCUCAGAGAGCACCCGCUCCUACCGGCGCAUCAGCAGCAUUGGGGGCAAAGCCACCUCACCCGUGUCCCCCCAGAGCCCCGAGGACCCCGCGCCGGGCAAGGCGCCCCCCGUGCCCAUGCCCAGACGCUUCGCUCCGGCCAAGGGGCGGCAGAAGCGGGUCAAGGCGGUGGCCGACUGCAAGGGGGACAAGGCCCGGGAGUUGACCUUCUCCAAGGGCGAGGUGAUCGUGGUGACACGGGAGGAGGACGAGCAGAGCUGGGUCGGCUUCAUCGAGGGUGACGGCUCCCGCACUGGCGUCUUUCCAGCCAGCUUUGUCCACCUCUUGCAGGACUGACUGAGCUGCCCCUUGU